UACUUGGUACUGUAUUACCCAACCCGAUCUCUCUACCUACUGUUCACUAUUUGCUGUAUGUUUGGCAUGGAUGGAGACACCAGGACCGCGGAAAAAUGAAAGGAACCCUAAAAGACGGACAGACAACAAUUUUUCAUUGUUGCUCGACACCUAAACCUAACAAAAAAAGAACAAAUCCUGACCAAAAAGAGGUAAAAACCCGUAUUGUUAAGUUAGGUGAUGAUUUGUGACAGGAGUUGGCAAGCUAGUUUUUUGAUUGCCAGUGUCCUGUGAAGUGAUUUUAAAUAGACUCCUUUGAAAAAAGUAAAUGAUUCAAUAAAUAAAUAAACAGGCAAAGAUUUUAACCUCCCCAAUGGCAGACCCAACGUUACGCCCUUGCCUUAGAGACCACAGUUCGUUAUGGCUUCUCUUGGUUGCCUGGUUGCGGUCGGGUCAUCUUCUACGUUGGAGGACAAACACCGUCCUGUAAGAUGGAGUCUGACAGACUGUUGCGUAGCUAUUUCAAUAAAUUUUAGACAGCAGCAGACGAUUAAUCGAGCAGAAGGCAAAGUGAAAUCUUCAAAAAAAAUUGCGAGCAGCAUGUCUGGCCAUAACCCGUCGACCUUGUGGUUUUCACCUAGCAACACUCCGGCUACAUCGGUCUAUCGCAUCCUGUGACCGGUAAAGUCACCCUUCAAAAUAAAACAGAAAAACUGAAAAUUGAUAUUCUCGUGGAGGAUCAAUAUGUCCCCUAUUUUGUCUGGAAAAUCCCCCUGAUUUGAUAUCGCAAACGUUGAAAGGUACUUGUCAGGCUCUAGCUAUAAGUGUACACAAGAGGGCGGAAUUCAUUAAAAGAGGCCGUAGAAGAAGAAUGCUUUCGAUGGGCGGGACAGUCAAAUAACGAAAUACGUCAACAUAAACAGCUUCUUAGUUCUCUAAUGUAGUAUGUUUAAAAGACGUGUUCAAAUAUGAGCUCUUUUGCAGGACGAAUGAAAGAAUAUCCAAGCAUUUCUUUGGACCGCUUCGACCACGAGAACUUACACGCGCGAGCGUACUUCCUGUCGCACUGUCACAAAGAUCACAUGCGAGGAAUCAAAGCACCAAAGCUCAAGAGAAGGCUGCAGUCCAGCCGCAAAGUCAGACUUUACUGCUCGUUUGUGACGAAGGAGCUGCUGUUGAGCAGCGCCAAGUAUCAUUUCUGGGAGGACUUCAUUGUUCCCUUAGAACUGGAGAGCCCAACUCAGAUUUCUCUGGUGGAUGAGGCGUCGGGAGAGAGCGAAGAGAUUGUGGUCACACUGCUUCCUGCUGGUCACUGUCCGGGCUCGGUUAUGUUCUUGUUUGAAGGUUGCAGAGGGAACGUGUUGUACACAGGAGACUUCAGGUUGGGGGUCGGAGACGUGUCAAGGAUGGAACAUCUGCACUCAGGAAGCCGUGUGAAGGAUAUUCAGAGUGUGUAUGUGGACUCCACUUUCUUUGACCCUCGCUUCUACCAGAUUCCUUCUCGGGAGGCGUGUCUGAGCGCCAUUGUGCGUCUGGUGGGUGACUGGAUCACUCAGAGCCGCCAUCAUGUUGUGUGGUUGAACUGCAAGGCGGCCUACGGCUACGAGUACUUAUUCACCAAGCUGGGAGAGGAGUUCAGCACACGGGUGCACGUCAACAACCUGCUGAUGUUUCGGAGGAUGCCGGAGAUCCUGAGCUACGUGACCACCGACCGCAGGACGCAGAUUCAUGCCUGUCGACCCCCCAAGGAUGAGAUGUAUCUCCAUGGCAACCGGACACCGUGUGGCUGCACAGCACUAGACGAGACACGUCUUCACGUGAUGAGCAUCAAGCCGUCCACCAUGUGGUUCGGAGAGAGGACUCAGAAGACAAACGUCAUCAUCAAAUCAGGAAGCAGUUCCUUCCGAGCCUGUUUCAGCUUCCACUCCUCCUACUGCGAGAUCAAAGACUUCCUGUCCCACCUCCAGCCUGUGCACGUCUAUCCCAACGUCAUCCCACUGGGACGCACGCUCAGCGAGGUCACGCAGAUGCUCCAGCUGAUGUGCAGGAAGCGGUCAGAGGAAGGGUUCACAUACGAACCACUAGGGGUGCUCAAGCGCAGCGUGGCCAAGACACCGCCUCGUGAUUCGGACAGUGAUGAUGGGCUCUUUGGUGGGAUAGAUAUGGCGCCAGUGAGGAAGAGGGCGGCGCUGAGCAGCUGCACUGAAAACGCUCCUAGUGCACACACCACAGCGCCACCUGCCUCUGAGGGGGACUGCCUGCAUCUGACCCUCCUGCCGCCCACGAGCAACUACAUGGACUGCACAGAGUCAAAUGACGAAGAUGAUGAAGACGAGGUGAGCGAUGAGGAAGCGAGCACCCAGGCAGAACAUGGCUCAGAGCGGCCCCCCAAGUGGGCGGACUUUUUCACUGUUGAGGCGCUACCUGAUAGCCAGAACAGCCUCCCAGGCUCAUCCCCCUCCAGGAUGACCGGUUUGCAGACACCUGAAGAGUUCAGCCAACAGGAAGAGAACCUGGAUGACGACUUUAGUCUGGCUCUGUCCACUUCUUUGUCCAAUCAUUCCUCCCAGACGCAGGACUCCAACCGCCCCCAGACCCUCGCCCAAUCACAGAACGGCAGCGGUGUCUCAUCGGAGCUGCUGUAGUCUCAGGCGUCGUCAGACUUUUACAUUCCCUGCACCCCAGAGUCCGAGAGGCCGUCCCCUGACGAACUAUCUCAGUUGUACAGGAAGUUGGCGUCAGGGGAGGAUGUACUGGUGGAGACAGGAAGUCACAGCUUUUCUACUUCCUGUUAUCAUUCCAAAUGAAUGUCUCCAAAUGAAAGGUUAAAAUAGGAAAAGUAAAUCAUGCAGUCGCGUUUCCUGUAGA